UCUAGCCGGCUAGCUACAAUGGGAACUUGACAAACAAGACGACAGACAUUGAUACAUACGGAACAUAAAACAUGGUGUUGAAAGCACCAGUUGUUCUUCCUGUUUCUGUUUCUGUUUCUGUUUCAAUUUCAGUCACAACAUUUUCCUUAAACCCUAACUUCUUCUCCUCUUCAAUGCGUUCUACCUUCACACUUUUCCGCAGUCUCACCCUCUCCACUCUCCAACUACCUCGCACCCUCCCUUCCCUCCUCCACCUCCGCCGCUUUCCCCGCAACUGCGUUCCCAACGCCGAACAAUGGCUUCUUCAUGAAGACCUUCCUGACAAUAACGAUAACGAUAUUUUCCAUUUCUCUACGGUGGAGGCUGAUGAGAAAAGGCGGCUACCACGUCCGGAGGUUGAGGUGAAGGAGUUGAGUGAGGUGCCGGAGCUAUGGCGGAGGUCCAGAGUUGCUUGGCUUUGUAAGGAGUUACCGGCACAUAAGGCGGGAACUCUGAUUAGGAUUCUGAAUGCGCAGAGGAAGUGGUUGAGGCAGGAUGAUGCUACUUAUAUCAUUAUGCAUUGCUUAAGGAUUCGCGAGAACGAAACCGCUUUUAGGGUAUACAAAUGGAUGAUGCAACGGAGUUGGUAUCGCUUUGAUUUUGCUCUUUCUACUAGGCUAGCAGAUUACAUGGGUAAAGAGCGCAAGUUUACAAAGUGCCGUGAGGUAUUUGAUGAUAUUAUCAAUCAAGGACGUGUUCCCAGCGAGUCAACGUUCCAUAUAUUGAUUGUGGCUUACCUUAGUUCUUCUGUUCAAGGUUGUUUGGAUGAAGCAUUUGGCAUAUUCCACCAAAUGAUUCAAUUGGGUGGAUACCAGCCACGUCUUAGCUUGCAUAAUUCCAUCUUCAAAGCUCUUAUAAGUGAACCAGGGAACUUUUCAAAGCAGUACCUUAAGCAAGCUGAGUUUAUAUAUCAUCGUUUGGUUACAAAUGGACUUGAUGUGCAUAAAGAUAUUUAUGGUGGCUUAAUUUGGCUGCAUAGCUAUCAGGAUUCCAUAGACAAAGAAAGAAUAGAAGCAUUGAGGCAAGAGAUGCUACGCGCUGGAAUUGAUGAAAGCCAAGAGGUGUUAGUAUCGAUCUUGAGGGCCUGCUCAAGGGAGGGGGAGGUGGAGGAAGCAGAGAAAACUUGGUGCAAACUUUCGCAGUUUGAAAGCAACCCCCCAUCACAGGCUUUUGUGUACAAAAUGGAAGUCUACUCUAAGGUUGGUAUGCCUAUGAAGUCCUUGGAGAUAUUUAGAGAAAUGAAGUUGAAACUAGGUAAGACAAGUGUUGCAGCAUAUAAUAAAAUAAUUGAGAUUCUAUGCAAAGCACAAGAAUCCGAAUUUGCAGAAUCAAUCAUGACAGAUUUUGUCAAGAGUGGUCUGAAGCCCCUUACACCAUCAUAUGUUUAUUUACUAAACAUGUACUUCAAUAUGGAAUCACAUGAUAAAUUGGAAGAGGCGUUCUCUCAAUGCCUCGAGAAAUGCCAUCCUAAUAGUGCUGUAUAUAGUAUAUAUUUAGAUUCUUUGGUGAAAGUUGGUAAAAUUGACAAGGCUGAGGAUAUCUUUAGCCAAAUGUUUCGUGAUACGAGUAUUGGUGUCAGUGCUCGAUCAUGUAACAUCAUCUUAAAUGGAUAUCUAUAUUCAGGAAAUCACUUAAAGGCAGAGAAGAUCUAUGACUUAAUGUGCCAAAAGAAGUAUGAAAUUGAUGCCCCAUUAAUGGAAAAACUUGAAUACAUCCUGAGUUUGAGAAGGAAAACUAUUAAAAAGCCAAUGAGCAUGAAGUUAAAUAAAGAACAGAGAGAAAUACUGAUUGGGAUGCUUUUAGGUGGUUUGCAAAUUGAUUCUGAUGACAAAAAUAAGAACCAUAUUAUCCAUUUCAAUUUUGAUGGCAAUUCUGUGAGUCAUUACGUCUUGAAGAGUCAUAUACAUCGCCAGUUUUAUGAGUGGCUACCUCCUACUUCUAAGCCAAGUGGUGACAGUGAGAACAUACCAGGUAAGUUUUGCACCAUUCCAAGCUCUCAUUUUGGCUUUUACGCCGAUCAGUUUUGGCCAAAUGGUCAACCUACAAUUCCAAAACUUGUUCAUAGGUGGUUGUCACCUUGUGUUCUUGCAUACUGGUACAUGUAUGGGGGGCAUCGAAAUUCAUCGGGGGAUGUUUUGCUGAAGAUUAAGGGAAGUCGUGAGGGUGUGGAGAACAUUGUCAAAAAGUUCAAAGCCAUGUCCAUUGAUUGUAAAGUCAAGGGAAAGGGAAAGGUAUUCUGGAUUGGUAUUCUGGGAAGCAAUACAACUUGGUUCUGGAAAUUGGUUGAGCCAUAUAUUCUUGAAGAUGUAAAAGAUUUCUCUAAGGCUGGUGUGAAUACGAUGGGACAGGAUUUAACGGAAACUCAAGACAUUAACUUCAGUAGUGAAUCAGACGAAUGAAAAAAGGUGAUACGGCAAUAUGAUCAUAGUUGGACUCAAGGAAAAGCUUUGCUUAGUAGUAUGCCGGACUAGGUUAUGCUUUUAUACUGGUGGCUAGAAGCUGAAAACAUGUUUGACUUUUGUACUUAAUGGUUUGUUUGGGGCUUAAGUAACUUCCACGGUUGUAAAAAUGAAAGCCUUCUUGAAUAUUUUGAUCACUAUCCUUUGAUAUAUCUUAUUGUAUAUUCCUAAUUUUCAAUGCAAAUGAGAGUUAGAAAGUAGAUAUUUUA